AUUAAUGGUUUUGGUGUUUUUUAGCAACUUUUUUGAUAGCAUUAUACAUAUUAAUUUUCGACCUUUUAAAUAAUCUCAAUGUGGAUUUAAAUAAUAAAAAUUAAAAUCUAUGGGGGUAAUAAUAAAUUACAAUUACGAAAUAAAAAAUACAAAAAAUCACGAUAAAACAACAUAUAUUAAGGAAUUUAAGAUUAUGAUCAAUGAUUUUAAUUUCAAACUUAUAUUCUCCCACCUUCUACCAACUCCAUUUAGUUGCUAACGUUGCCAAUUUAAACGGCCAUUAUGGCGCUGGCGUCGCUUACGUUUAUUGCUAUCUGCUACGUAUUUCGUUGUUUCUAUUCCUGUUCUUCGUGCCCUAUUGUAUUUUAUAGUGACUGUCAUUUGUCAAACGAUGCAAUUUCGAUAGAAAAGAAAAUUUAAAUUUAAGAAAAGUUAAAUUAUUGCCCAUAGAAUAUUACUUUUGAAAAAUAACCAAUGAAAUAUUAAUAAUAAAUAAGUUGUAACAAUGAGUAGUUUACGAACAGACCUUUUUCGUUUGACUCAACGACGCCUUGAGGAUGAAUACACAAGACGCAGUGAAAUCAGUGAUUCCAAAACUGAAACUAUUGACUUUUCUAAAAUUUGCCGAAUCUGUUUAUCAGAGGAAACACUGCAUCCAAUUUCUACAUUAUCUUUUCAAAAGAAAAAAUUGAAAGAGUUACUAGAAUUUGCGAUUUGCACCGAGGUUAAAGAAGAUGAUAACCUCCCAUUAAAUAUUUGUUUAAAAUGCUAUGCAGAUGUAGUAACAGCAUCUAUAAUAAAGGAGCUCGGACAGCGAAAUGAAGCCUUAUUAAAAUCUUAUGUAAGUUCUGCACAAAUAAUUUAUAAAGAGGAGAAUGAAGAUUAUAGCAUGCAGGAGGAAGGGUAUGACUAUGACACUAAUGAAAUGCCUGAAGAAACACUUGAAGAUACUGCUGAUAAUGAAGAAAAGUUAGGGGAUGGCUACUAUUUGGUAUUUGACGAUAUGGACAAUUUACUUCAAUCAUCUCUAGAUGCUUCAGAAGAAAAUGAAAAUCUAACAAACAAUGUGAUUGAAGAAAAUAGCAAUGAUAUUGUUUUAAACAUUCCAGAAAAAAAAAAUAAAUCUGCUAACAAUGUCAAUGACCACACAUAUUCAAGAGUAGCUAAGGUGUCUGCGAAUGCCAAUACCAUAAAUAAACUUAUGAAAAGUGAACCUAAUGGCAAAGAAGUUCAAACUUUUGAAGGGGCAUACAUAGAACAAAUAAAAAGGACAAUGGCAUUUGAAAAAGAACAAGAAAAAGAAGUAAAAACUGAAGUAACUGAAGCAGAAAAUCAAGAAGAUUAUGUAUACAUGGAGAAUGUUGAAGACAAUGAGGUGAUUGUGGAAAGCAAUGAAGACCAAGACCAGGAAACAUAUGAAAAUGAUAUGCAUGAGUUGGAAUUGUCAGAUGAUAACAACGAUACUUUUCACAUUAAAUUGUUACCUGAGCUUAUGACUCAAACAAAAACACAAACAAGUAUUUGGUAUGGUUGCAAAAUAUGUGAGCAAUAUUUCCCUCAAAUAGCCCUACUGAAACGCCAUAUCAAAACACAUAUUACUGACAAACAGUACUUCUGUGAUGUUUGUGGAGAAGGAUUUGCUCAAAAUAGUGUAUUCACAGAGCAUCUUAAGCAGCACCAUCAGGAUAAUGAACAGGAAAAAGAUACAGUCAAAAAAUCUUCAGAAACUGUACAAUCUAUAUGUAAAAUAUGUAACAUAACAUUUUCUUCACGUUAUGAAUUUAGAUCUCACCGUGCACAAAUGCAUAAAGAGAAAAACUAUUUAUGUCCAACAUGUGGCAAGAUGUUUGCCACAAACACAAGUCUUCAAACACAUACGAAGGCAGUGCAUAGUGAAGAAAAGAGUCAUUGUGAAUUAUGUCGUAAGACCUUUAGCUCAUAUGGAAAUCUAAAACUUCACUACAGCAGACACCAUUUAGAUGAAAAAAGACCUUUUAAGUGCACUUCAUGUUCAAAGUCUUUUGCAACUCAAACUGACUUGAAAUUCCACAUGCAAGUUCACAGUGGUGAAAAAAAUUUCAUAUGCCAAGUGUGUGGAAAAGGGUUCAGAUUGAAAACAUCAUACAACAGCCAUAUACUUAUUCAUACUGGGGAGAGACCGCAUCAAUGUAAAAUCUGUUUCCGGCGUUUCGUACAGCCAACCCAUCUCAACUACCAUUCUUUGACGCACACUGGCGAACGACCUCACGCAUGUCAAUAUUGUGGCAAAACAUUUGCUUUAAAGGGUAAUUUAACAGUGCACAUACGCACUCACACAGGCGAACGACCGUACGUAUGUGAUGUUUGCGGUAAGGGCUUCUACGAUUCCAGUAGCAUGAAGAAACAUCGAAAGGGACACCAUGGAGAAGAUCUGGUCAUACCAGCUGUACUAUCAAUCGUUAGUGACGAAAACAAUGAGUCGAAAAAGAUAGUUAUAAAUUUUAUAAUGGUACACAGUUGUGCUAUAAAAAAUUGCCCUUCAGUGUGGAUUCCUAAUUCAGGCAUUUCGUUUUUUAAAUUUCCUUUAAGUAACUUAGAUUUGUUAGAAAAAUGGAUGAAAGUGAUACCAAAGGAAGUCCUACGUAAACCUCCAACCGUACAUUCACGAAUUUGUAGUAGACAUUUUUUGCCUCAAUUUUUAGUACCCUUGGGUAGUCCAGAACAUUCAGUCAAGAAAAAGCUAAGACAAGAUGCUAUUCCAACUAUAUUUAUUAUUGAUGGUGAAUUGAUUGUAUCUGACAUUAUGUGUGAAGAUUUUCUACAAAAUGAUAAGCCAACAAAUAGUACAGAAGCUGCAGAACAGGAAAGAUUCAUGUGGGAUGUUUCUGUUCAGACAAUUCCAAUUCUUUUUAAAUCUCCUGCUGAAGAACAGUUGAGAAAAGAAGUAAAGACACUGAAAUAUCGUUUAUAUCACCAAGAAUUACAAAUUAACUCUAUGAAGGAAUUGCUUAUUACAUUAGGAUUAGAAAAGAGUUCAGAUAUAAAAGAGGAAUUUACAGCUGUCCAACAAUCUUUAGAAAAGCAUAUGAAAAAUGAUUUAAAUUACCCAAAUAAUCUACAAAAACAAGACUUCAGCACUGCUUGUAGAAUUUGUCUUUUGUCUGGUAAAACUAAAUCUAUUUUAAACUUAACAUUUGAUCAGAAAAAUGUAAAGGAUUUGGUAGAGCAAUAUUUUUCUAUUAAGAUAGAACAAACUGAUAAAUUUUUAGGUAUUUGCCUUUUAUGCUAUUUAGAGAUUGUUAGAGCCUACAUUUUUCAUAAAAAAUGUAAAAAAUCGACUGAAAUUAUGGAAACACUGUUUGGUACAAAUAAUUCAGUUAAUGAAUUUUCAAAACAUUUUCAUGAAGAUGAUUCCAAACUCUGUAUGUCACCUAUCGAUAGUGAUGAACAUUUUAGUGAAAUUACUUCUCAAGAAAACCAAAAUGACUCAAAUUGUAAGGCAGGCCACAUUAAAAGCGAAGAAAAUAAUUUGUUCACAUUUGAAAACAAAACUGAAAUACAGAAAACUAACAAUUAUAAAGAAAACUUACUCACUGAUUCAAAUACUAAAUCUGAAAAAGAUUAUUUGUCUGAUGAUGAAACUACAGAAAAAGAUACAAAUAGUUCCUUAUUAGAUCAGAAAGAGGAAAAAUGUGAGCAGGCAACUAAAAAAAGGCGAAUGAAUAAGGCUAUACUUCAUUGUAAUCAUUGCAAUGCAACAUUCAAUUCUUACAUAGAAUACAGAAAACAUCGUGUAGAAGUGAAACACCCGAAGCAAAGGAAGCAUUAUCCGUGUAAUGUGUGUAAUAAACAUUUCACAUCUUCAAAAUUAAAGCAACACAUGCGAAUUCACACCAAAGAGCAACCUUAUGAAUGUAACAUUUGUCUAAAACGCUUCAAUCUCAAAGGAAAUUUAAAUAGGCAUCAGAUGAUUCAUACGGGGGAAAGACCUCAUAUCUGUGAACUAUGCGGAAAAGGUUUUAUUCAAUCUACAACUCUUAAUACACACAAAAGGGUCCACUUUAUGCGCGACGCCUCUUCAAUAUCAUGUUUUAGUUGUAAUAUUUGCGGUAGAACGUUCAAGCGGGUCGGACCAUACAAUAAGCACUUACGAAAAAAACACUCGGAGGAGAAAUUUGAAGAAGAAAUAAAGAAGGAAGAGGCUCGCGAUUACGUAUGCACAAUUUGUAAUAGUGCCUUCAAACAAAAGCAUCACUUGAAUGCCCACAAACGAAUUCAUGGCGAAAGAAAGUACUUAUGUAACGGUUGUGGAAAAAGUUAUGCCACCAAACCAGCUUUGGAUUCUCAUCUAAAGGUACACACCGGAGAGAAGCCAUACAAAUGUUUGGUUUGUGGCAAGUCAUUUGCUCACAUUUCGACAUUUGAUUCGCACAUGCUCACGCAUACUGGCGAGAAACCACACGUGUGUAAAUUUUGCCCGAAAAGAUUUACUCAGUUAACACACCUAACGUAUCAUUUGAGAACGCAUAGCGGAGAACGUCCGUAUUCUUGCACUUUUUGCGGAAAAUGUUUCGCUUUAAAAGGAAACUUAACAGUGCACGUACGGAUGCAUACAGGAGAAACCCCGUACAUUUGUUCCGUAUGUAAUAGAGGAUUUUAUGAUUCGAAUAGUAUGAAGAAACAUAAAAGAGCCCAGCAUAGACUUUUACCCAAAGAUGCGGGAAAAAAAUUGAAAAAUAGUACCACUUGUGAGAGGGAUGCUGGUGCAACCGUGGAAGUUAUUACUAGUUCGGGCGAUGUAAUCAAUACAACCAUUGACGAUGUUAUUGUAGAAUUCGGAACUUCCUAAUUGUCUGACACUCAUGUUGUACUAUAAAUAAAGUUGUGUAUAUACUAGGUUAAUAUGUGAUCAUAUUUGAUUUUUUUUUUUUUAAUAAAUGGUAGUGUCUUAUC